AUGGGCAUUAUCCUGAUGAGACAACACAGUUCCACUGAGCUUGCGAACUAUGCAUCCUGCAUGCAGCCUAAAUUGCAGAAAUCACUGUCGGUGUCGCUGGGCGAGAAUUCACUCAUCGUUGGUUACGUGCACCGCGAGAAGAUGACAGACCUGCCGCUGAUUCUUGUUCUCUUCUACAUCAGGGAUGCAUUCGAGAGAGGCACUAUGGCACUGGACGACCUCACAGUGGAAAGUGGAGAGUGCCCACCUGAGCCAAGGGAUGGUUCCUGUGACUUCGACUGGGGCGAAUCCUGUGGGUACACGUUUGGAGGUAAAAACAAUAGCUGGAAUCUCAAAGAACGCCCAGAAGAAUUUUCCUUGAAGGACUACUCAUCUGGUGGAAUGCUUGGUGGCAUGGCCUACCUAGAAGCAGAUGGCAACCGUUUGCAAGAAUCUUUCACUUCACCAACACUACCAGGCAGGGAAAAUGUGCAGUGUCUUCAAUUUCAUUACUACAUGUCAGGAAGUGAUAAAGCAAGAGGAAAUUUGCUGACUACCGUAUCCGCAACAGGUUAG